UAGCGCCAUCUACCGCUCCAACUUCCGAGUCGUAUUGUAACGUUUGACACCCGCUCCCAAGGUACAGGUACCACGUAACAAGUCUGUCAAGUCGUCAUGGCAACAACGAUGACGUCAGUUAGUUCAGUACACGCCUACAUCUUCACGACGUUUGUCCUCACAGCCCAAGGUCAAUUCUCCAGUUCAGCGUUUGAUAGAAUGUUUGAAUCACAAUGCCAAGACACCUGCAUGGAUCAUCUUAAAAGAGAUGGCUGUUGUCCGGAGACCGUAUGUGAAAGUAACCAUUUGAGUAAGUCAGUGUUGAACGCUGGCUCAGCAUUCAACCAUGCAAUGAUCCAUACAUGCCCGGAUGAAGCUCAUGAUAACCUUAAAACUCUGUGUGUAGACAGCACCCGCUAUGACGUCACUUCCGAUCUGGCGUCAGUCAUGCCAGUGACGUCGGGUGGCGUGACCUUCUUCAACAAGCACUGUGCAGCCUGCUACAACGUUUCUUCUUAUUACGCGUGGUCGGUGAAUAUCAGCUGCAGUGCCUAUGUAAAUCUCCAUGCCUUACUGACGCAACAAGAGAUCGUCAACAUGGCGCUGUCCUCCGGGUACUGUCAGGUCAUGCUUCAACAACCUGCCGCUGUUCGCCUUGCCAAAUGCAUGGGUCACACCCCCAACAUAGGUGAUUCAAUCUUUAUUGGUGAAGACUCUAUUUCAGUCGGCGGAGAUGUUCAAAUUAAAGCGUUUAUCGGAUCCGGGAGAAGGACAAACCCUGAAAUAUUCGUAGAAGCAGACACGCCAUUUUCCAUUAUCCUCAGCUUCAGUGACGAAAAUGACGACGCACUUGAACUCCCACGUGAUGAGAAGGGAGAUAACUCCACAUGCUCUGGAACCCAGUGGACACACAACUUUACGGACUCGUGUUUCGAUGUCCAUUGUUUCCAAGGAAAGACUAUGGUUGGCGCUUCAUGUAAGUCUGUUAUUGCAGAAGGAAAGGGCUUAUUGUACCGUUACUCCAUCCAACUGGAAUCCAAAUAUGUCCAACAACGUGAUGUUUGUGAAAUGGACGAGUGGUUAAAAAGACAUGUUUAUGUAAUAGCUGAACUGUUACAAACAGAUUCUUUCAGGUGUGAAAUUUCUUCCAUGUUCAUAAAAGACGGAUCAGACUUAUAUUUCAGGGUCGUCUUGAUUUACGAACUCACAGUGACUAAACCCACAGACAGAGAUGUGUUUGAGGAACGUGCACUCAAUUUGGUACAUCAAACUUGGAAUAUAACCUGUGGUGACUCAAUGAUGAACUUCACGGUUAAUCUUGUUUCUUCUCCGUCGACUGAAGCUACUCGAGCAUUGGCUCUACCCAAUCCUGGAGACAAAUUACCCAUAACCCAUCAGACCAUCGCUACAAACAAUCCCGAAUACAAAUCAUACAUAACGGAAGCCAACUCCUACAUUGAUAUUUCCCCGGUCAUGGUGUGUCAGUUCGUCGUAUUUAAUUCAAGCCAAUACACACGUAACCCCACGGGAGAUAUCCACCUCAACGACGAAAACGUGUCCCUUCAUACGCACGAGUACGACUUCGCCGACGGUGAUGCACGUGUGUGUGUUGAUGUUCUGGCUAGCAGUUACGACGCUUUAACCCUACCCAAGCGAGUCAAUGUCCACCGCGUUAUUCGCCAGUAUCUGUCCUAUGUGUGCGUGACUCUGUCCUUGCUAGGACUUGCUGUCACUUUUACAGUGUACAUGGUGUUCCCGUCGCUCAGAACCCUCCCGGGAAAGAACAACAUCUGUCUGGUGUUCAACCUGUUCCUGGCCCAGUCCCUCCUCCAGUUCGGUGUCGGGAGGACAGAGAAUCCUGCAUUGUGUUCAACCCUUGGAGUCCUCAUCCACUUCUUCUGGCUGGCAUCCCUCUUGUCUAUGAACGUGUGUUGUUUCCACAUGUACAGAGUGUUCAGUAGCCAGACGUUAGCCGCCAUGCCGCGGCACUCCUCUUCGAGACGACUUCUGAAAUACAUUGCCUACCCGUACACAGUUGCCGCCAUCAUAGUAACGUCGACCAUAACGUCACAAUACGUCAUCAGCAAUGGCAGCAGCAUCGGCUACGGUGGUAAACACUGCUAUCUGUCUUCACCGUUGCUAAAAGGGUUGGUUUUUGCCCUGCCUCUAGGCGUCAUCCUGAUUCUAAAUGGAGGCAUGUUCUGUCGGGCUGUUCGUUCCAUAGCGCAGAUCAGUCUCAUUCAGAGGGAGGCCAUGGCAAAGGGUAGACACAACUUACAUGUGUAUAUGAAACUUUCAACGCUGACGGGGCUGUUCUGGGCUGUGGGGAUCCUAGCUGAGGUGUUUCCCCUGCACGUUCUCGUUUAUCUUUCCAUCCUCCUGAACGGCAGCCAGGGCGUCUUCAUCUGCAUCGCCUGCGUCUGUAACAAGAGAGUAUUCCGCCUAGCCGGUUGAACAGGGAAAGUAGUGGGUCAGACCUCUAGCUCGGACAAAUCGAAAACACGCACCAAGAAUACAUCGGCAAAUGACACAAAAUGAAUCAGGGAAACUGUAUUCUACACGAGCAGAUGCUUCAAAAUAAUUCCCUUCCUGAACUGGAAGACGGACGAAGAGAAUGCAACUGAGAAAACAGGUACGAACAGAACAAUUGACAAAUGGAGUCUCUCGCAACCAAACAUUAGUUUUUGAAGCUAUGUUAUGCCAAAUGACAUAAUAUAAUACGACAAACAUGGCGCCCAACUGGGAAAUGCCGCUUGAGUAAGGACUUGCAAUGCACACA